CCCGCCACCGCCUCUGCCCCGGCUAUAAAGCUCCUCCCUUUGGCUGGCCCGCUCCUCCUCUCUCCGUCCGGGCCGCGCCUCUCGCCUCCUUCAUCAUCCUCGGUCCGUCCUGGCCGCGUGGUGGUCUCCGUUUCGGCCGCCAAUUCCAAAUCCACCCGCCCGCUCGCGCCCUGCUCCCUCUCCUCUCCGCUUGCGGGGCCGCGCCGCUCCCCGAGGACGCGGGCGGGGGCUCGGCCAAGUGGCGGGCGACCGGCGGCGGGGGCACCGGCGUCGUGCGCCAGCUGCGCGCGCUCGUCCUCGACUCGUGCCUCUCCUCCUCUCGCGUCCGCUGAGGCGACUCGUCCUCGGUUCUUGCCUCUCCUCGUCUCGCGUCUGAUCCAUAUCGACAUGCCCAUGUUGUUUGAUAAGGAUAAAGAUAUCCAUAUCGACAUGCCCAUGUUGUCUGAUAAGGAUAAAGAUGUUAUGAAAAAUGGGGUGCUCCAAACAAGAUUGACUUCCUCUCUCUUUCUUAUACAAGGCAUGCAGAAGAGGCAAGCACGGGAGUUCCUCUCAAAGUUGGUUAUCUUAGCCAAAACUCUGAUUUUUGCCAAAAUUGAGAAUGUGGAGCCUGCUGUUGUUACUCGUGUUGUGGACAGUAUGACGGACAACCUAAGGCCCACUCGUUUGGAGGCAACUGACGUGGCAAACGCGGUGCUGGGCGGUAGUGAUGCCAUUCUCCUUGGUGCUGAGACUCUCCGUGGGUUGUAUACAGUUGAGACUAUUUCAACAGUAUGCAGAAUUGGUGCUGAGGCUGAGAAGGUCUUCAACCAGGAUUUGUACUUCAAGCGAACCAUGAAAUACGUGGGAGAACCCAUGACCCACUUGGAGUCUAUUGCUUCCUCUUCAGUGCGGGCUGCUAUCAAAGUUAAGGCUUCGGUCAUCAUUUGCUCACCUCAUCUGGACAGGAGAAAAAGAGUCCACCAUGCCGUUCCUCGUCUAAAAACAAAUCAAUUGAAGUGGAGCUUCACGAGCGCAUUUGAAGCAAGACAAUCACUCAUAGUUAGAGGCCUCUUUCCCAUGAUUGCUGAUCCACGUCACCUGGCUGAAUCUACUAGCACUAGAAAUGAAUCAGUGUUGAAGGUUACUCUUGACCACUGCAAAGCAUCCGGUGUGAUCAAGUCGCAUGGCUUACCUUAGCCAGAAUUUCUAUAAGAAUGUUGCUCAUGUUACAUGCCUUGCUUUCUCUAGAACGAAGAUCUGGAUCACCCUCGCCCCUCUAGAGAAAGCAGUUUACUCAUUCAAGUUCUGGAAAUUCUUUAUAGUUUUUUGAGUUACUUCGGUCUUGCAUAUAUUAGCUUUCUGUUUGUGCCCCUAUCUAUGUAUGUUUCUUGUGUGCAAGUGCUCCAAUCUGUGUGUGUGACUAUGGGUGGCUUGACUCUGUGUGUGUGGCUUGACUGUGUGUGUGACUCUUGUGGCUUGACUGUCUGUGUGCUUGACUCUGUUUGUGUGACUCUGUGUGUGCUUGACUCUGUGUGUGUGUGAAUGUUGCAUUUGCUUGAUGGUGUGGCUUGUAUGCUUGAAUGUGUUUGUGUGACUCUGUGUGUGCUUGACUCUGUGUGUGUGUGAAUGUUGCAUUUGCUUGAUGGUGUGUCCUGUAUGCUUGAAUGAUGAUUGGUGUGGUUUAACACUGCCUUUGCCGGUCCCAAGCCCGGAUGUGAAAAUGUGGAGGGAGCUGCAUUUACCUCCUUUGUAUUAUAUAUAUAUUCACCUUCUGAAUUU